CUGAGAGUUUGUGAUGUUGAUCCUAGCUUGAAGGAAAGAUUGAAGAAGUUCAGAUUCAGAAAGGAAACUGAUAAUGCUGUCAUAAUAAUUAAGAUUGACAAAGAUAAACAAUUGGUUGUUCUUGAUGAAGAAAAAAGAGACUGCAGUAUCGACGAAGUUAGAGAGGAGCUGCCAGAAUCACAGCCCCGAUAUCUUGUUUACAGCUAUGCAUACGAGCAUGAUGAUGGCAGAAAGUCUUACCCUCUCUGCUUCAUCUUCGUCAGCCCCCAAGGUUGCAGUCCCGAACUGCAGAUGAUGUAUGCAGGCAGCAUGAGAGCGCUAGUGGCCGACGCUGGGCUCACUAAGGUGAUAUUUGAGUGCAGAAUAUUGGAAGACUUAACUGAAGAAUGGCUUAGAGAGAAGCUUCAGUUUUUCAAAUGA